CAUCAGGUACACGUCCGAACUUGGCUCAAGAAAAGGCAAGGGGGAGAUGUAUCAAUAAAUUUACAUCUCCUAUCAAUUCUCGACAGCAACUUUACACACUAGUAUUAAGUUACCGAAGGCCACAGAAACAGUCUUCGAUUCAUCAUGGCACGUCUUUCGAGAGGAGCUGCCAAAGCCGAGGAGGCAAAGCAGCCAAAGCAGCCAAUUCCUUCGCUGAAGACAGAGAAGAGUGAGAUAUCAUCAAACAUGGAAGCCGAGGAAGCAAAGAUGGCAGAAGCUCGAAGAGUUCAGGAAGAAAAAAGAGACAAGGAGCUGGAGGCUGAGCGAGAGAAAGAUCGCAAAGGCGGCAAAAAAGUCGUCGACACCAAGUUCAAAGCUCUUGAAUAUCUCCUGAAUCAGAGCAAGUUGUAUUCGACCAUCAUGCUUGCUCAAAUGCAACGACAAGAAGAGGAGGCUCAAGCUACUGAUGAGAAGGGCAAGAAGCGAGCUUUGAAAAGGGAAGAGACUGCGGAGAAGGCAGCCGAGGUCAGCCAAAAGAGAGCUACACGAUCAGCAAAUGCCGUCGAGGAAACAGCAGAAGACGCAUCAGAACAACCAACCACUGGAGCGGGUCGAAGGAAAUCAGCACGAGGAGUCGCAGCCAAGCCCAAACCUGGAAAAGGAAAGAUUUCAGAUUAUCUCAACAAGGACGACUUGAAAGCAAAGGCAGGCGACAAGUCCAUCAAUGAAGCCCUGAAAGAGGAAGCCGACUCCGACAUCAAGGCUGGCGACAUUGGCGUUCAGAACUUACGGUCAGCCAAGCAGCCAGCACUUGUCAGCGGUGGUUUGAUGCGUUCCUAUCAGCUCGAGGGUCUCGAAUGGCUCACAUCACUCUACGAAAACGGAUUGAACGGUAUUCUAGCCGAUGAGAUGGGUCUCGGGAAGACUAUUCAAACGAUAUCGUUCCUCGCUUUCUUGCGCGAGAAGGGCACAUACGGUCCUUUCUUGAUCGCAUCACCUUUGAGUACAACAAGUAACUGGGUGAAUGAAUUCAAAAGGUGGACUCCAGAAAUCCCAGUCGUACUCUACCACGGAUCCAAGCAAGAGAGAGAAGAGAUGCGUCGAAAGAAUUUCAAGAACCCGGGCAGCAAGGAAUUCCCAGUCAUCUGCACUUCUUACGAGAUUUGCAUGAACGAUCGCAAGUUUCUUGCCAACUAUGGCUGGAAGUUCAUCAUCAUCGAUGAAGGCCAUCGUAUCAAGAACUUGAACUGUCGUCUCAUCAGAGAGUUGCAAUCCUAUCAGUCGGCCAAUCGACUUCUGAUCACAGGAACGCCGCUACAGAACAACUUGACGGAGCUGUGGUCGCUAUUACAUUUCCUCAUGCCCACCAUCUUCGACAAACUUGAGUCUUUCGAGUCGUGGUUCGACUUCUCUGCAUUGAACCAGCGCAACGGUUAUGAAGAUAUUCUGUCUGAAGAGCGCAAAACCAAUCUGGUCACUUCUCUUCACGCGAUCUUGAAGCCAUUCUUGCUACGCCGCAUCAAGACAGAUGUCGAGACCUCUCUUCCCAAGAAGCGCGAGUACAUUCUAUACGCACCUCUCACAGCCACUCAACGCGAACUUUACCAGGAAAUCCUCGAGGGCAACAGCCGAGCAUACCUCGAGAAUAAAGCAGUCGAGAGUCUGAGUGGUGCCAACACACCUCGCAGCACUCGAGGCGCCAGUCUCAAGCGCAGUAGACUCGAAGAAGGAAGCGCCACACCGAACAAAAGCGUCAAGUCCAGUCGAGCAUCUACACCGGCAACAACAGCAAGUGCUCGCGGCAACAGAAGAGCCAAGAGAUCACAGAAUUACGAGGAGCUAUCCGACACUGCCUACUUCAAGCAAGUGCAAGACGAACAAUCAGAAGAAUCAGAGCACGAACUAAACUCCAGCGAAGAAGAAGCCCAAGAACAGGCCCAGACCCUCGCAUUGGCCAAAAAGCUGAUCGGAGCAAAGAAGCUGCAGAACCCAGUUUUGCAACUCCGUCUCUGCUGCAACUCGCCUCACAAUUUCUUCUACCCAUUUAUGGAAGAAGACAACAGUGAUGUCGAUGAAACACUAGUCAAAGAAAGCGGAAAGAUGAUGCUCUUAGACUCCCUGAUGCCUUCUCUCUUGGAGCGUGGGCACAAAGUCCUCAUUUUCAGUCAAUUCAAAACCCAACUUGAUCUGAUAGAGACUUACUGCGAUGUACUCCGCGGAUGGAAAUGCAGUCGUAUCGACGGCGGAGUCUCCCAAUCAGACAGACAAGAACAAAUUGCUCAAUUCAACUCGCCAGAAUCAGAGACGAAUAUCUUUCUGCUCAGUACAAGAGCCGGAGGCCAAGGAAUCAAUUUGACAGCAGCGGAUACGGUGUUACUCUUCGACAGUGAUUGGAAUCCUCAGCAGGACCUACAGGCACAAGAUCGAGCUCAUCGUAUCGGUCAAACACGCCCUGUCAUCGUCUACCGCUUCGCCACAAAAGGCACCGUGGAGACUUUGCUCUUGGAAAAAGCAGAAUCCAAGCGAAGAUUGGAAAAACUUGUUAUUCAAAAGGGCAAAUUCAGAUCGAUGAAAGCUGGUGAGGUUUCGGGGGCUGAGUUCAACGAGUUGCAGCGGUUGUUGGAACAGCAGGAUGGUGAGAGGAUGGAGUUGGAGGAGGGGACUAAAGGUCUGUUAUCCGAGGAAGAAUUGAACACGUUGACGGACAGGAGUGAAGAGGCCUAUGAGAGGGCGGAGAAAGGUCUGGAUGGCGGUGACAAGUUUAAAGCUGUCGAGACAAAAGCUGGUGGUGAAGGGUUCUUGGAGGCAAUGAGCAAAUGAGAUGUUGCGUAUGUAGAGCUGGGUUGUUGUACCAGAGGGAAUCGGAACCCCGCUAAAUGCAUUCAUUUCAGGCUGCUUCAUUCUAGACCGAACAAAUAGGCAGGAACAUAUUCAAGCCGGUCGCGCAGAGAGUCCGUAGG